CAGGGCAUGCAAACGAAUCGAGCACACUCGGAUUUCUUGGUUAGACCCGCGAGCAGAAACUGUUUGGAACCGCCUCCCAUGGCUUCGAAAGGCGACAAUACGGGUCUGAACCGAGUUAUGGCUCUCGUGGUGGUCCUGGCCGCGCUCUGUGCGCGAGCCACAGCCCAAUCCGGGUGCACCAGCGUGCUCAUGAGCCUCGCGCCGUGCCUCAGCUUCGUGACGGGGAGCUCGUCCACCCCGUCCUCCUCAUGCUGCUCGCAGCUGGCCAGCGUGGUCCAGUCGCAGCCGCGGUGCCUUUGCAUGGUCCUCAACGGCGGCGCGUCGUCCCUCGGCGUGACCCUGAACCAGACCCUCGCCCUCGCGCUUCCCGGCGCCUGCAACGUGCAGACCCCGCCCAUUAGCAAGUGCAACGCGGCUUCCGGCGGAAUGGUUGCUCCAGCCGGCUCGCCAGAUAGUUCGCCGAGCGACAUAUCAGGGGGAUCCAAAGACGUUCCGUCGCCUGCCGGAAGUUUCACCAGCCAUGGAAUUGCGAAGAUGCCGCCGCUUCCGCUCGCGGUGCUCUCGGUCCUCAUGGCGACCUUUGGAUACGUCCCCGCCAUGGCUAUCUGAAUUUUCUCAUUCCUCGGCGAUGUAUGAUGCCGAACUAUAAUAAUGUACGCGUGCUUGUGCUUGUGCACACGACGCCGUAUGCAUUUCCCUUUGUCGUCGAAGUAUGUGUGCUUUGUGCUUGAUAUACGUUGUGUCCCACUAUACUUAUUUCCCUCGUUGGUGUUGUCGUUUCGCCGUUAUCAAUACACUAUGAUUGGAAUUAUC